CAAGAGUUAUUUAUUUUUUUAGGUUGGCAUCCCAAAACCAGUUUUUUAAUUUGCAUUCCCGCCACUUGGCGGUGUUACUUCGCUUUCGAAAGUUUCACAUCCGCAAGAGAGCGGCAAGGCAAGGCGAAGUGAAGUAGGCAAAGAAGUCUCGCGCGCGAACUCGGUACGCUGCAGGCGAUGACCGCAUUCAUAUGAGUUUUUAUUAUAUUGUGUGUGUGCUGUCGUGUUCUCCGAACCGUUAAGUGUUUACGAAAAUGCUGUAUAGGUGAACUUUUAGGAUACAAAGUGUUGUGAUUGUGAUAAUAUUCCUUUAAACCUCUUCUAUCUUUUACUGUCUCUUGAAGGUUGUAAAAAUGCCUUGCUCAGCGGUAACUUUGUCUAUAGCGACCAUUACAGCAAUCGUGGCUGCUGCUUUAAUGGCUAUAGCCUUCUCGACGGAUAACUGGCUUUAUAUUGAAGUUAAGCGGACACACAUACAGAAUUAUGCAGCGGAGAACGCAGCGGGCAACUCACAGACGAUUCUGGAUAGUCUCAACAACAAAUAUUACUUCUACACGAGGACACGGGGUCUCUUCCGUAUUUGCUACCCCAAGGAACGACCACCUUCAGUUUCUUCGAUCAAAAUCGGUUUGUGGCUCAAGGAAGAUGAAGAUGAAUAA